GGCCAUGGGCUCGCGCAGCUCCCGCGCCGCGGUCAUCCCCGACGUGGACAGCAUUCGGCGGGAGACGGGCUUCUCGCAGGCCUGUCUGCUCCGCCUGCACCACCGGUUCCGGGCACUGGACAGGAACAAGAAGGGCUACCUGAGUCGCAUGGAUCUCCAGCAGAUUGGGGCGCUGGCCGUGAACCCCCUGGGAGACCGGAUUAUAGACAGCUUCUUCCCAGACGGGAGUCUGCAAGUGGAUUUCUCAGGCUUUGUCAGGGUCCUGGCUCAUUUUCGACCUAUAGAAGAGGAGGACACAGGGAUGCGAGACCCCAAGCAACCUGAACCCCUCAACAGCAGAAUGAACAAACUUCGCUUUGCAUUUCAGCUCUAUGACCUGGAUCGAGAUGGGAAGAUCUCCAGGCAGGAGAUGCUGCAGGUUCUCCGGCUGAUGGUUGGGGUACAGGUGACAGAAGAGCAGCUGGAGAGCAUCGCUGACCGCACGGUGCAGGAGGCUGAUGAAGACGGGGACGGGGCUGUGUCCUUCCUGGAGUUCGCCAAGUCCCUGGAGAAGAUGAACAUCGAGCAAAAAAUGAGCAUCCGCAUCUUGAAGUGACUCCUUUUGUGCCUUCGUCUAGCUCAGGCAGACCAGUACCUACCUGGAAUUCACCCUCAGCCCCCGUGGGCACGGGGCCCCAAUAAACUGUAUUCUUACUUCCAAACUGAACUCUAUUUAGGACCAAGGAAGGAAAGCUGGAAGGGUGUGUACUAAAGUCUAG